AUGGUCUCCAAUUCAAAGGAAAAGACAGAGAAGAGAAGAAGACAGAGAAGGUUUAAAUUAAGUAUAGUGGAUUCGGGAGACAAUAAUGAUGACAGGAGCGUGUUUAAUAUAUCAAGCUAUACCCUUAAUGAACAUGAGAUGGCGAUACUCAAAAAGGGCUUGAAAUUUGCUCCAAGUACUAGCAAUUCACAAUUUAACACUUUCAUUGACCUCCACAAAUUCAUCGGAAAACUCACGGUCAAGAAGAAUUUUUUUGAAAAUAAAUAUACCAAAUGUGCUGAAGAGGAGGGGUAUACCCAUACAGAUCUUCAUCCUCAGUCUACCUUUUAUCCCCAACAAGUUAAGAGUGACACUAUCAGAGUCUUCGAAAGACUAGUUGAAAAGGAUUUGAGGAAACUGAAUAAAAGAAAAAAGAGCAAAGACAACCUAACCCCUAAAGAAAGGCAGGUAUUAAAAUCCCUCAUGAGUAAUCCAAAUAAAAUUAUAAGAUCUGCAGAUAAAGGGGGUGGUCAUAAUGGAUAUUAUGGAUUAUGA